CUCCGCCAACACACCGCCAGGAAGGAUUUUGUUGUGACAGCGGUGCUGCAACCCGGCGGGGAGACGAUAGUAACAUAGGAUUUUUUUCAUCUUGGAUCAGCUAUGGCCUUCAGCAAAGGAUACCGUAUUUACCACAAGCUGGAUCCGCCACCUUACAGUGUCAUAGUGGAAACGAGGGCGAGGGAAGAAUGCCUCAUGUUUGAAUCAGGAGCUGUUGCCGUUUUGUCGGCGGCGGAAAAGGAUGCCAUUAAAAGUACUUAUACCAGGAUCUUUGAUGCAUAUGGAAUUCUUGGUGUUCUCCGGCUAAACCUGGGGGACUCCAUGCUCCACAGUCUCGUGGUUGUGACAGGAUGCAGCUCUGUGGGGAAGGUGCAGGAUUCAGAGGUCUUCAGGGUCACGCAGACAGACUUUAUAUCGCUGAAGAAUGAUCCAGGGGAUGAGGACCGGAUUUCUGAAGUGCGCAAGGUCCUAAACUCAGGACACUUCUACUUUGCCUGGUCUGCUACUGGAAUCAGCAUGGAUCUAAGUCUCAAUGCGCAUCGCAGGAUCCUGGAAGAUACUACAGACAACCGCUUCUUUUGGAACCAGUCUCUGCACUUGCACCUUAAACACUAUGGAGUAAACUGUGAUGACUGGCUGCUGAGGUUGAUGUGUGGCGGCGUAGAGAUCAGGACCAUCUAUGCUGGCCACAAACAGGCCAAGGCUUGUAUCUUCUCUCGCCUCAGCUCAGAGCGAGCCGGCACGAGAUUUAAUGUGCGAGGGACAAACGAUGACGGACAGGUGGCCAACUUUGUGGAGACUGAACAGGCUAUCUUCUUAGAUGAUAAAGUCUCAUCAUUCAUCCAGAUCCGAGGGUCCAUUCCUCUUUUCUGGGAACAGCCAGGAAUCCAGAAAAAGUCCAUUAAGGGUGUUUUGUUGCACCUCAAUGAGAAUCGACACCCUAAUGGACUGGAUGAAAACCCCCACCUGGUGGGGUCCCAUCGUGUCAAACUCUCAAGGGGAUUUGAGGCAAAUGCACCAGCUUUUGAAAGACACUUUACUGCACUGAGAAUGUUGUAUGGCAAGCAGGUUAUCAUCAACUUGCUUGGAAGCAAAGAAGGGGAACAUAUGCUCAGCAAAGCAUUUCAGAGUCACCUGAAGGCUUCAGAACAUGCCACAGCAGUGAAAAUGGUUAACUUUGACUAUCAUCAAAAUGUGCGAGGUGGCAAGACUGAUAAACUCAGCAGUGUUCUGAAACCACAGCUGAAUAAAUUCGUAGAUGAGUGUGGGUUCUUCUACUACUCUGGGGAAAAAGGCAUUGUAAGGACUCAGGGAGGGACCAUCAGGAGUAACUGCCUGGACUGUUUGGAUAGAACAAACAGUGUUCAAGCCUUCUUUGCACUUGAGAUGCUGCCCAGACAGUUAGAGCAAAUGGGUCUGACAGAGAAACCACAGCUGGUGGCCCGGUUCCAGGAGGUUUUCAGGACCAUGUGGUCUGCCAACGGGGACUCCGUCAGUAAGAUUUAUGCAGGAACCGGAGCCCUGGAUGGGAAGGCCAAGGCUGGAAAGCUCAAAGAUGGCGCUCGCUCUGUGACACGGACCAUUCAGAAUAACUUCUUCGACAGCUCCAAGCAGGAGGCGAUAGACAUCUUGAGGCUGGGAUCCACGCUUAACAGUGAUUUAGCAGACAAAGCUCGAGCUUUGCUCACCACUUCCAGUCUUUACGUCACUGAGCCUGUCUUGCAAUCAGCCUCUCCAAGAGUGUUGCUUGGAAUGUGUCAGAAUCACCACAAAUACACAAAGCCCAAGCAAAUCCGGGUCUGUGUCGGCACCUGGAACGUCAACGGGGGCAAGCAGUUUCGCAGCAUCGCAUUUCGCAACCAGACACUGAACGACUGGCUGCUGGAUGCUCCAAAAAAGGCAGGACAUCCUGAGUUCCAGGACAGCAAAGCCAACCCCAUAGAUAUAUUUGCCAUCGGCUUUGAAGAAAUGGUUGAACUGAAUGCUGGGAACAUUGUCAGUGCCAGCACUACUAACCAGAAACUGUGGGCUGCUGAGCUCCAAAAAAACAUUUCAAGGGACCACAAGUAUGUGCUGCUUGCUUCUGAGCAGCUGGUGGGAGUGUGCCUGUUUGUUUUCAUUCGUCCUCAGCAUGCACCCUUCAUCAGAGAUGUUGCUGUAGAUACAGUGAAAACCGGAAUGGGCGGGGCCACCGGUAAUAAGGGAGGUGUCGCCAUCCGCCUGCUGUUCCACACCACCAGCAUCUGCUUCGUCUGCUCCCACUUUGCUGCUGGCCAGUCUCAGGUCAAAGAGAGGAAUGACGACUACAAUGAGAUCACUCGCAGACUCAGUUUCCCGAUGGGUCGUCUGCUGUAUUCACACGAUUACGUGUUCUGGUGCGGAGACUUUAACUACCGAAUCAACCUGCCCAACGAAGAAGUGAAGGAGCUCAUCAAGCAGCAGAACUGGGAUGCUUUAACAGCUGGUGAUCAGUUGUUGGAACAGAAGAACACAGGAAUGGUUUUCCGAGGUUUCAUUGAGGGAAACCUGGAUUUUGCCCCCACCUACAAGUAUGACCUCUUUUCAGAAGAUUAUGACACAAGCGAGAAGUGCCGUACACCUGCAUGGACUGACCGCAUACUUUGGAAAAGGAGAAAGUGGAACUUUAACAGAACAGCUGAGGAGAUGAACGUUGUAGGAGCAGCCUCUACAUCUGGAGAUGCUGAGGAUAAUCCAGAACAGGCCUGGAGCCCUGGGAUUUUAAAGUACUAUGGCAGGGCUGAGCUCAAGACCUCAGAUCACAGGCCUGUGGUAGCAAUAAUAGAUGUAGACAUCCUGGAGGUGGAUCCUGAGGAACGACAUCAGGUCUACAAAGAAGUUAUUGCCCUGCAGGGGCCUCCAGAUGGCACCAUCUUGGUGUCCCUCUGCUCCUCGGGGCCUGAUGACUAUUUUAGUGAUGAACUCAUUGAUGAACUACUUGAUAAGUUUGCUAAUUUUGGAGAAGUCAUCCUCAUCAGGUUUGUUGAAGAGAAAAUGUGGGUAACCUUCUUGGAAGGUUAUUCUGCUCUGGCUGCACUCUCUCUCAGUGGUUCCACUGUCCUGGACAAGGUGAUUGACAUCCGCCUGAGGAGUCCAGGGUGGAUCAAGAGUCUGGAGGAGGAAAUGAGUGUGGAAAGGAUCUGCGGCAGCAUUCCCACUUCAGCGAGUUCAACCUUGCUUGCUGAAGACGUAGACGUGGGUGAUGAAGAUUAUGAUAUGGAAGGUGAUGUGGAUGAUGAGGUGGAAGACAUUCUUCCCCAGCACCUGCAGCCUGGUGUAGGCUCUUCUCUUGGAUCCUCACCUCUGCCGUCCCCACGCGGUAGUCCCUGUCCCUCUCCUACUCAUGGAGAACCCGCUGCUCCCAGUAGACCAAGUCGUGGACAACAACCCCCUCGACCAUCACAAGUGGAAGCAGAUUUAAGCCCUACAUCACAGAGGAGAGAAACAGCAGGGCCUCCUGUAGACUUCCAGCCUGGUGCUCCCACAGGUCCAGGCCUGGAGCCCAAACGGCCUCCUCCACCUCGGCCCAAUGCUCCUCCAGCCAGACCAGCUCCACCUCAACGCCCACCACCACCUUCAGGCGGCAUGAGCCCUCAGCCUGUUAGAAAGGACUCUGGAGACAGUGGCAAAUGUCCCAGCCCACUGCUUGGUAGGAGAGGCAGUGAAGGACCAAAGAGUCCUGCUCUUCCUCGGCCAGAUGCUCCUGCAGGUCGAGGUCAGGCAGGAGCUCCAGCCCCUGGAGGAGCUUCCAGACCAAAUAUUCCUCCUCGAGCUGGAGUGAUCAGCAUGCCCCCUCAGUCUCGUCCGCAGCCUCCAUCUCACCCAGGUGCACCAAGGCCCACUCCUGAUGUGCAUCCUGGGGCCCCUCGGCCUAUCCCAGACACUCACCCCGGAGCCCCACGACCGGUGCCCAGUGCACAAGUUAAACCACCAGACCUUCCCCUGGGUCCCCCACCAUCAGGACCCCCUCCCACGACAAAAGCCCAGACUCAAUCACCCAUGCAGCCUCAGCCCCCAUCUGCUCAGUCGCAGCUGCCACCACCAAUGCAGCCCUCACUUCCCGCUCCUCUGCAACCACAACAAGCAGCGGCGCCUGCUGCAUCUACCCCACCUGCUGCAGCCCCAGCUGCUGCAGCGUCUCCUGGGCUUCAGCAGGGCCUAUCCUCUCCUAAGCCUCCACCACGCUCCCGAUCUUCUCAUGCUUUGCCACCUGAUGCUGCCAAGGCUGAGACUGCCCCCGCUGCACAGACCAACGGACUAAAUGGAUUCCAAAGACAAGCACAAUGGAAGCCUGAUCCCUUUGACUCCAUUACACCCAACAUGUUCUCCUCUCCAUCAUCAUCCCGGCACACCACUCAGUCCCUAAACAGAGGCUCCUCUCUGCGCUCUCCACCCUCUGUUCCUUCAUCUGUACAUUCAUCCUCUACUCUCCCCUCAUCCAUGUCCUUCCGGUCCUCUGCUUUGUCAGACCUCCAAUUCCUGAGCUCAUCCUCCUCAUCCUCAUUCUCCACACCAUCACCGUCAGCCACCCUGCUGCUCCCGCCUCCCCCAGCCCCGUCUCGCAGCCGCUCCCAGGAGCUCCUGCGUGCUUCCCCGAACCUUUUCCAGUCUGAACCACUCCCUGCCCGACCCAGCAGCACCAAUCCCUUCACAGGCCCCUUUGUCCAGCAGCCGCUGCCACAUCGUUCCCUUACCCCAGACUUCAGCCUCCAGCAUCCAACUCAAACGGCUGACUUUCAGAGAACUCUGUCUGCUCUUUCUCAACCGCUUGUCCCCACCCUUGCAGUCGCACCAUCCUCCCAGCACAGUCAGACUGUGUCUUUGUUCAGACCCUCAUCCAGUCCAACUCCUACUCAAGCUUCUCUUCCUCCUCUUGAUCCGUCUCCUGCCCUCACUUUACCGCUGGCGCUGCCCUCUUCCCUCCCUCCCGCUCUUGCACCUCAGAGCCAUCUGCCGCUUCCCUCAAGAGGGAACCAACAGAAGCAGUGGGUCACUUUUGAUGAUGAUUCAAAGUUUUCCACAACAACCAAAACACAACAGAACCCCAUGUUCUCGUCCAGUUCCUUUGUGCCCCUGACUCAAACUCAGUCAACCCGUUCUGUGUUUGACUCCGAGCCUGAGUGGUUAUCCACUCACGUCCCAAACAGAACUGUAACCGGUAACCUGAACCCCCAACAGGGUCCCAACAACAAUGACUUUUUUCCUAGGUAGUCCGCAGUAGGAAAGAAAAAAACCCAAAACAUAAUGCCACCCCUCAGAUGUGAGAGUUUUAUCCAUAUAUGUAUAGAUCUAUGAUAAAUGAGUAAAUGCGUUUAUGUAAAAAGAAGAGACAAUAUUUAAGAAUUAUAGACCAAACCCUACAAUUACAGGAAAGAGUUUAUAUCUCAAAGCAGUAUCAUGAGAAAUGUUUGAGCCCGGCUGCGUGUUUUAACAUUUAAUCUUCUCUAAUAUUAAAGGGGCAGUAUUAUGUAAAGUUGACCUUUUUGAGCUCUGCAUCAUGCUAUUUUCUCAUCACAAGCAUACCUGGGGUGUUGCUUUGAUUCUUUCAUGCAUGUCUGAGAAAUCCAUUAAUCUCCUAUGGCAACCAUUCAACUAUCCAUGACGCUUGCUCUCACUCAGCAUUGUCUUUUCCACGCAGCUCAGUCUUCAAGCCCAGCCUCCACUUCACAGAGCACCCCGCUCCCACACCUUUGCCACUCAGCUCCUGCAGACUAGCGGCAGCAGCAAUUAGCAAACACCUGGCGAAUCUGUGCAUGUGCUGGUGUAUUAUAUGAGCUAUUUCUCAGAGAAACACUGGUUUAAAAAAAAACUUGUUAAAGACUUAAUUGAGUCAUUAUGAUGAAGGUUGAGUGUCUCCACCUUCAUCACAAUUUCAAGGCAUUAAAUUGUGAUGGUGGAGGCAUUAAAUUGUUAAGUCAAAUUAUGUUUAACAAAUACAGCAUUUUUAUAACAACUGAAAGUAGCAUACUUACUUAAUUGUGCUAUAAAAUGGCACUAUGUGCCUGAAAAACACAUAAUGCUGCCCCUUUAACAUUUGAUUUACUCGUUAUGUAUGUUUUAACUAACAGCAGCAAACGUGCCUGUGUCUACAGUAUGUUGUCCUAUAAAGUAUAUCUAUAUACACAAGUCAUGCGUUUACACACCUGUGCAAUAUGAAAGCAUACCUGUGUGGCUGCACUGAUGUCUCAUAUAAAUAUGUGUGGCUUUGCAGAUGUCUCUGUGGUUCCCAUUCACCAUUUUGACUAAUCUGAGCUCUCAGAGCAACAUUUGGCCUCUCUCCCUCUCUUUGUCAUCUGGUUGCAGGAUGAGCACUGCAGGGUUUUGGAUCCUUCAGACUUAGUCGCUUUAAUUUGUGAAUGUAAUUUCAUUUGCACUGGAUUUGUUGACUCCACGGUGUGGGGAAAAGGCAAGAGCACAAGCCAUUGUGUCAGUUUAACUGGACUGCUGCAGGACUGAUAUCACAACAUUCUCUUGAAAAUUUGUCAUUUAGUUUUCUGUUGGCAUUCCUUAUCUUUAAGCCGAUAUACAUUAGAAAAAGUAUUGUUUUGCUCAGCAUCCAAACUUCUACAUAACAAAAUCUUGUAUAUAUGUACUUAUGAUUUUAAAAAUAACUUGCUGGACGUUUGAGUGUAUUUGUAAGGACCAAGCAAGAGGUUUUGCUUAAUGAUACAAAUAUGCACUGAGACACUGUAUGUACUCUCCCAGUCAUGCAGGUUCUAACAGAAGGGAGUAUUUCAGUUUGAUUCCUUUUUUUUUAUCCAUCUAUACUAUUAGAAAUUAUAACAAUGUUGCGUGGUAGUGUGUGUACUUGUAUUUAAAGUACAAUGACAACAUUCUUGUGACAGACUGGUGACCUGUCCAUGGUGUACCCCGCCUCUCACCAGAAACUUUUGCUGGAGAUGAGCACCAGCACCCCUCCUGACCCCACUACAGACAAGGGUGUUAGAAAAUGAAUGGAUGGAUGAACGAAUGAAUGAAUGACAACAUUCUUCGGAUCUGCAAGGGUUAUAACCAGACAGCACUUUUGUGUUUACUUUGAGUCAUUUAUUAUCAUUUCUUGUACCAGCUACUCUAAAUAAUUAUUGUUACUGUGGUGAGAAGUGAUGUGCUGUGUUUGAGGUGCAUAUCGUCUGUUGUGUUUUUGUUUGCUUGUUUUGGAUGUGAGCUUGUGUAAAAAUUGAAGAGUGGGAACCAUCAUUUUGUGUUACAGACUCGAAGCCUAAAGCCAAUAUUCACUCAGCUAACCCUGCAACUGUGUUUUUCUUUAACCUGUCAGUUGCUGAUUAAAGGCAAUAAUGUAAAUUUAAGUAAGAGAUUCUUUUCUUUAUCAAGUAAAAUCUCUCACAUAGCACUUUCUCUUGGUCAGAUGAGAACACUUCCAACUGACCAUGGCUUAAAUAGAAUAUAUUUUAGUUAUCCUGCCAUAAGCAGUCAUUAAUUAUUCAAAUUGGUAGCAAUAGGACUCUCGCAUUGUUUGUGUGAGACAGCAGUUGCUACAAAAUAAUUUCAGAGGAAAUAUUUUAGGGUCAUCCAUAGCAUCCUAUAUUGGUCCAUGUUUCCUAGAGAAUGUGAAUUCGUACCUUAACUCUGAAAUUUCCAAACAGAUGCAAGAAUUUCCAAAUUCAGCAUAAUUCAUAACAGACAAAAGUGAAAAGCUCAAGAGAGAUAAACAUCACUGUACUCUGCCAAGCCUUCCUGUUAAUUCUGAAAAAUCUUGUUCUCUAUAGACUUGUUGAUAUUGCAAAAAAGGUUUCCUUUUUAACAGCUUCUUACAUCUCUGUUUCCUUUGACUUUAUUUUAAACACCUCACUUAUUCUAAAACUAGCUAUCUGGGAGUCUUCUUCACUUAGCAACAGUAUGCACACCUAAGAGUGUUGUUGUCAGUGCCACCUCUUAUGUUUUGUGUAUUUUGCAUUUACUAAAGGGGAAAAAAUACUUCUUGCCCAUUUGUGCUAUUUUGUUUCCAUUCAGCUGAAACAUUUUUCGGCCCAUUUCUUGUUGCAUCUCUUGUUACAAGUUGCGCAAAGUAUUUAAUAUUCCUCAUUUAAUGUCCGAAUAUGACUGUUUCCAGCUGUUGAGAAGUUGUUUUAUAGUCUUACAGAAUUUGAAUUCAUUUUUAGGUGUGUUUCAGCAAUUUUGUCUUGUAGUUCCCAAUUCACUCAUUAAAUACUUGUUUGCCGGGCAAUGAUGAGAGGAAAUGGGUGUGCUGAAGGAUCAGGGGCAGUAUCCAUCCUAACAUGACACACCAAAUAUUGUCUAGACAUGUAACAUGUCCCCCUUUUCACAUAGAAAUUAAAUAAAUGGAUAAAUGUCUAAGAAGAAUUUUUGAGAAACAUAAAUAAAUAAACUGAUCAUGUUUGUUAGGUUUUGCUUCUAUGCUUCUAUGUCAGAUGUAAAUACGCAAAGUAAAUCUCAUUGUCUGUAUUUAAAAUCUAUGUGUAAGCAAGAGUAUCAGGCACCAAUAGCUUACACACCAUCUCUGAAAUAUAUCUGUUGUUAUCUCAAUGUGUGCAGUAGAUGCUGUAUCAACAGUCGAUCACUAGCCAGUGCUUUACAUCAUGUCACGGUUCGGAUUCAAGAUUUCUUUUAGGUAACAAAUUGCUCCCUUUGUGAGGUCGAUUUCCCUUUUUAUGGUUAUAAUCCAUAGUAAAUAAGAGUCUGUGUUGUGAAACAAACAUAUUCUGUAUGUAUUAAAGUGAAUACAUGAAGCUGUAAUUCAUGUUAAUAUCCAUUGUUCCAUAGUUUACGUGCAAAGCAGAUGGCACAUUAAAGUAUGAAAUAGUUUGUGUUGUAUGUGUGCUAAAAUAAAUGUACAUUGACAAGUA